AGCGCGUGCAGCCUCCCCAGCGCCUGGCUCCUGCAGUGCACAGUGGUGGCCCUACUUUGCCAAACAUCCUUGGAGAGCCACGUCUAGCAGACCUCCCCAACCUCUGCCUCCGCCAUGGCUGCAAGAACCAUUAUCAUCGACCACGGGUCUGGCUUUAUGAAGGCUGGCUUGUCGGGGUGGAAUGAGCCCCAGAUGGUCCUCCCGAGCAUCGUGAACUACAUUCCGUGCAGGGAGAACCCCGGCCCCAGCUAUGCCCGGCGGCGCGUGGGUCUAGGCAUCGACUUUUGCCGUCCUGACACCUUCAGCUACCCCAUCCAGCGUGGCCGUGUCCUCAACUGGGAGGGCGUGGAGCACAUCUGGUCGUUUGUCCUGGAGAAGCACAGGCUGGAGCAUGACGACUGCCCUGUGAUGGUCACGGAAUCCCCCCUGAGGGAGCCUGGGGACCGAAAGAAGACCCUGGAGAUUAUGUUUGAGUUACUGGAUGUCCCAUCCAUUCUCCUGGCUGACCAGCUGGAGAUGUCUCUGUAUGCCUCUGGCCUCCUGACCGGCGUGGUGGUGGAUUCAGGCUAUGGCCUGACCCGCGUGCAGCCUUUCCACCUGGGCCGCCCUUUACAGCCCAGUGGUAAGACGCUGGAGUUCGCGGGCCAGGAUCUCUCGGCCUACCUCUUCAAGAGCCUCUUUAAGGAAGAUUGCAAUCGACACGACAUCUUUCAGCUGGAAACGGUCACCAGCACUCAGAUGACCAAGUGCUACGUGCCGCAGAAUCUGGGGGAGGCGCUGGACUUUUGUCAGAGCCUGCCGAGUGGCUCAGACGAGAAUAACACCUAUCAGCUCCCAGACGGGACCCCCGUGGAGCUGACGCCCAUGCAGCGGCUGGCUCCCGAGAUGUUCUUCAGCCCCCAGGUGUUCGACCUGCCGGGGCCUGGCAUCUCUCAGGCCGUCGUGGAUUCCAUCGAGACUUGCGAGGCCGCCAUGCGCCCUCUGCUCGUCUCCCACCUGAUGGUCUGCGGGGGCAACACCCUCUAUCCCGGCUUCACAAAGCGUCUCUACCGGUUGGUUGCAGACCAUUUCUCCUCCACCAAGGCCACCAUGUGGGUGGGUUCCAACAGGAACUUUAGUGUCUGGCUGGGAGCAUCUGUAGUGGCUCAUCUGUCGACUUACAAGUCUGAGUGGAUGACCAAAGAGGAGUAUGAUGAGAGCUUCAAGCUCUGACCUGUUGGCUUGCUCUGGGGACCCGACUCCUGUCAGAUGCGCACGGGUGGAUUAAUUUCAAGAAAGGAGUCUGGGCCGGGGUGGGAUUAGCUGGCUUUCGAAUUCUGUAGUCAUGAGCGAAUUUUUAGGUUUCUAGGGUUUUAUCUUGUUUUAAGGGUGGGAUCCAACCUAUGAGAGGACAGGGUGUUGUCCCUGGAAACCCUCCAGGGGAGUGUUCUGUCACUGGGAUGGGAGCAGCCAGCUGCCAUCCCCAGGCUUAAUUUUCCCAGCAUCUCCCUUGGGUUGUCCCGUUCUUUUUGGUUGAGUAGGUUUUAAGUGGGGUAAGAGAGAACUGUUUUUGAGCAGGAUAUAGGGAGGGUGGGUAGUGGAGUGUUGAUGUUUCCAGACCUAUGUACUCUUUCUGGCCAGGGAGGAGCUGGUACAGGAAGCCUUGGAGUGCCUUUUCUGCCCCUGGGCUCCU